AUGGCGGACCUGGGCGUCUUGAACGAGCUGAAGAAUCAGCAACGGCCUGCCCGUCGCAAUGACAAGACUUACGGCAAGAAGAAGGGCCAGUCGGCGGAGAGACGUGCGAUGCAUUUCGACCUCUUUGGCAGAGGUGGCAAUGAGAACGACAUCGUUGACCAGAUGGAGAAACUGACAGUUCACAACGAUGUUAGAGAGACACCUUUGCAGCCCUUACCCGAGCUCACUCCUCCUGUCGAGCAAGGAACGGAUAAUCAUCACCACCGGCCUCGAGGACGUCGAAAAAUCGCUUCAUCUAGGAAAAUGGCGAACCUCACAUGGUUAGAACUUCAACAACUCGAACCACUGCUCUCGCUCGUACAACAAAAGGCUGUCAAGGACUUCCAGGAAUUCGGUCGAAGCAUCGGGAAGAAGUACAUAUGCACAAAGCUUGGUGAAGGAUCGUAUGCCGACGUCUUCAAACUUCAGGGCAAAGACCUCGCAGAUAUUAAGGAUCUAGAGAAACGAGGCGGCCUCAUCAUCAAAAUCAUUCCGUUCAAACUGACAAAAGAGAGCAAUAACGACAUCACCGACCUCGAAUCAGUAGCCCGAGAGGUUAGACUGAUGCAGUCAGUCGAUGCUUUGCACGGAUUUGUUCGAUGCCGGGGCAUUCAUAUCGUUAGCGGCCAAUAUCCAGAUGUCCUUCUUGAAGCGUUCGACACAUUCAAAGCAACCAGACCUGUUUCAGCACAUCAUACCAGCCCUUUGAAGGACUUCUCUCCACAACAGCUUUACGCGAUCCUGGAAAUGAACGAUGUCGGAAAGCCUAUCUAUCACCUUAGACCCUUGUCAGCAUUUCAGGUGUAUGACAUCUUCUGGAAGACGGCAAUGAGCCUCGCUGUGGCAGAGAAACAAAUCGAGUUUGAACACCGCGAUAUGCACAAUGGCAACAUCUGCUUCAAACCUUUGACCAAGGAUGGCCCGCUGGACGCAUCACAGAAAGGCAUUGAAGAGAUGAGCGAGAGGCCACAAGUCGUCCUGGGAAUGUCGAACCUGCAAGUCACUAUCAUCGACUACACCCUGUCACGCGCCAGGAUCAAUGCUGGGGAUGACAGUGACAUCAUUGUCUUCGACCCAAUGUCGUACUGGGAAACAGAGGCCUAUAAUCCGGAGACCGAGGCUGAGAAGCGGCAGUGGAGGACGUAUCGCCGCGUCCGAGAGUGGGCGAGGGCCGCCGAGCUCGAGGCGCAGGGGGGCGCCGAACUUGAAGGACUCAAAUACGAGGCAAGGGACAAGUACGAGAGGUUCCUGCCCAAGUCCAACUUGUUCUGGCUCGGGUACCUCCUGGCCGACAUGCUGGCGAAGACCUCUGCUGGCAGGGGUGCCACCUUGCCAGGCAGUAGCAGGGCAGCAAAGACGCUGCAGUUGGAGCUGUGGGGGAAGUUGAUGGAGGUGUCGACCUACCUCAACAACGUCACACCGACGUUGUUGCCGGUGGGCACCGACGACCUCAUCGCAGAAGCGGUGGAGAAGGGAUGGUUGGCGCCAGCUGAGGUGGCGGCCUAUAAAGCCCAGAUGGAGGAAUAG